AUGAGGACAACAGAAGCGAAAAUGACUGAUCGCGCGAGGCGUGGUCAGGCACACCAAAGAGAAACGGCUCCAAACGACAUUCGCAGCUCGAUCGACGUCGCGAUGGCUCAUCCUGGAGAUGCACCAGUUCCUGUGCCCUACCUAAAGAAGCUUGGACAACCGCUAAAAGCUGGACAGACGCUAGAUAUCCAUGGAAGGAUAAAUAGAGAUGCCUAUGAAGUUGAAAUCAAUCUUCUCCAUGAUGCACCCACCAUUGAUCCUGGACAGUGCGUACUCAACAUAAACCUUCGCUUUGACGAAAUGAAGAUCGUCAUGAACAGCUACCUGAAUGGAGAGUGGGGAAAAGAAGAAGGCAAAUCAAUGCCAUAUAAGCAAGGCGAGGCAUACGACCUUAAGAUUAGGGUGCAAGAAGUUGGUUUCGAAAUCUGGUGUGAUGAGAAAAAACUUCACACCUACAAACAUCGCAUAGGUUACGAUGCCAUUGACUAUAUUCAAAUUGAGGGUGACUGUACUCUGUCUGGAGUUCACUGGGGUGGAAGGUACUACAAUAUCCCGUGGGAAACAGCCUUCCCGGACGGAAAUUUGCGAGCGGGUCAAAGCAUUCUGAUACAUGCUAUUUCAAAAGGUGAAAGUUGGAGUCUGAACCUUCUAGGCGAAGGUGAAGAUGGUGAAGAUAUUUUGUUCCAUUUCAAUCCCAGAUUCGGGGAGAAACAGAUUGUUCGAAACAGCCAGAUAGAUGGUUAUUGGGGCGAGGAAGAGCGUGAAGGACCAUUCCCAUUUGAGAAAAAACACGGUUUUGAUCUCAGAAUCGAAAAUGAACCCUAUGCCAUACAUAUCUUCGUAAACAACGAGCGCAUUGGCACAUUCAAGCAUCGCACUCCCCAGCCAACCGAAGACUACACUGGAAUAAGAAUUGAUGGUGAUAUCGAAGUGACUAACGUUGAGUUUGUCUAAUCGACAUCGAUACAUUAUUGCUGCUUAAAACGAUACAUAUACGCCGUAUUUAUGUGUUGACUAUAUUAAUCGUUAUGUUUCACUUUCUCGCAAUUUGCUAUUCAUCAUCUGUUUUUCGCCCUGUUUUUGAUGUGCGAAGUUUGUGUUUUAGAAUUACCGCAGUAAAAGCAUUGAAAGA